UGGUUCAGCCGGCCGUCGAGUUGGCAGCCCUUCCGGCGGCUUUUGUCUCCGGGUCAAAGGGCGUGCCGGCUUCCGCUUGGAUCACCGUUUCGGGCCGCUCCAGCCGUCUCCGAGGCGACGCGGGGCCGAGCCAGGCUCCCCCCGGGUAGUCAGGUUAUCGAGAAAAGUUGAACAGAUAAAAAGAUGAAGCUUUACAGUCUAAGUGUUCUUUACAAAGGUGAUCCCAAAGUGCACUUACUAAAAGCUGCUUAUGAUAUCUCAUCAUUUAGCUUCUUCCAGAGAUCCAGCGUUCAAGAAUUUAUGACCUUCACAAGUCAACUGAUAGUAGAGCGUUCAGAGCUUGGAAGCAGAGCUUCUAUAAAGGAACAAGAAUACCUCUGCCAUGUUUAUCUACGGAAUGAUGGUUUGGCUGGAGUGGUAAUUGCAGAUCAUGAAUAUCCAUCCCGGGUUUGUUUCACUUUGUUGGAUAAGGUCCUUGAUGAAUUCUCUAAGCAAGUUAAUAGGAUAGACUGGCCUUCCGGAACUCCAGCAACAAUAACCUACACAGCAUUGGAUGGAUACCUUAGUAGAUAUCAGAAUCCUCGUGAUGCUGACGCAAUGACAAAAGUGCAAGCCGAAUUGGAUGAGACCAAAGUGAUCCUGCACAAUACAAUGGAGUCCUUGUUAGAACGAGGAGAGAAACUGGAUGACUUAGUGGCCAAGUCAGAGAUUCUUGGAAAUCAGUCAAAAGCCUUUUACAAAACUGCCCGCAAGCAGAAUUCAUGCUGUGACAUCAUGUGACUCCAUCCACCGUGUACCUUCACCACCUGCUUUGGACUAUCUGGAUUUGAUUUGAUUUCAAGAUUCCUGGAGAGAGAGGCAACACCUACAUGUAAACUACAGCAGCAGCUGUUUCCAGAUUCAGCCGUCUCAAGCCACACUGGAGGCAAGAAAUAGGCGACCAUGUUGGGGUCCAUGAAAUUAAAACCUUAUUUGGAAAAAAAAAAUCUAACUUUCAUGGCAAGAGAGUAUCUGGGAUAUUAGGUUGACGGCACGAAGAGAGAUGAGAGUGGAUCCUCGUGCUCACACACAUUCCUGUUUUGGCCGUCGCCUGAUAUCUGUGUGGGGAUUUGCUGCUCACCUUUCCAAAACUACAAACAGAUAAACAGACUCAUUGUGCAUACAUAAGAAUAAGAAAAAAAAAAACUAUCUGGCCCUCUGAAAAUGCCUUUUUUUUUCAGCCUUGCACAGUAUCCUUGUGUCUUAAAAAUGUUGGAUGCUGAUUUUUGGAAGCGAAGCAAAACCCAACCCGUUUUGAACCCAUUCAGAAUUAUUCAGAGAACAUGGAUCUCUGCGUUCUGCGUGAACAAAAGGGGAAAAACAGAUCUCUAAGGCAGCCCGAGAACUGAUUAUACUUUGUAAUAUAGAAGGCACUCCAAAGAGGUGGGAAAGGGGUUUUAGGACUAGUAUGAAAAUCGACAUGCUUUUAAGUUGUCUCUUGAUUCAAGGUGGGACAUUUCUUCCCAAGCUGAGUCAGACAUUGUUUUGUUUUUGCCAAGGAUAUAAGCAGCAGCAUUUAGCUCCCUCUCUUAUCCGGUACCAUUGCCACUGAUCAAACCCAGGAUUUCGUUAAGAAGGGAUUGCGUGGCUGGGUGCCCCCUGGGUGCUCUUGGAGAUUGUAGUUUGUUCAGGUUGGGUUUAUUGAUGAAAAGCUGGUAACUCUUCUAGCUGACAGCUUGCUCUUUCUACACUAUUCAGCAGGACGUGAAAUGAAUGGGGCGGGGGGGGGGAAUAUUGCAAUCCGGGCAUCCCUUCUCCCACAAUGUGUUAUGGCUGCUGUUCUGACAGCGUACCUGCCUUGGUAUUAACCAGCAGCCCUUCUUAAACAUAUGCGCACCCUGAAGAAUAAGCUGCUGUUUUACACUAGCCAUUAUACCAGAGCCUUGUAGACUAUGAGCUAUCCCCGUAUUGGGUCUAAGUGUGUUAGUUGCUGCAACCACGCAGCUUGGUGUUGUCUUGUGAUGUCCUGGCUAAGGCUACAUUCUCCCACAGUUGGAGAAUUUGUCACCACUGGUUUUAUGUAAAUGUAGGCAAUGUUAUUAAUGCUUUUGUCUUUCGGUCAGUGGCAUCUCCGCUCUAAGGCCCAUGCUGUCCUUUUGGAGGGGCAGGGUGGGUAGGGAGACCAUUCUACAGUUGUAUUUCUGCCUUCCUCCCCAAGUGUUUUGUUUUAAUGUAACUGGGUUGGAUAUGUCUGCACACCAUGUCUCUUAAAAUCAGCUGAUCCCCAACCAGGAGUCCUUCAUGAAGCAAUUCAGCUAGGCAACAGGAAAAACAUGCCACUUGGAGCUUUUGCUUAUCCAUGGCAUGUUUGUGCAUGGUGGAGCGAUCGCUCCUCCAAUAUAUUAAUCCAAGAAUAGGGACAGAAGUCUGUCUUCUAGGCUCAGGAUGAGUAACCAAUAACAUCUUGGGCAGCAGCUUUCCUAACCCUGUUGGUAAACUGACAUCACUGACUGAGCCGUCUCUCCAUUUCAGAAGAGGCACGUAAAAAGCCAGGAAGCUGUCCUUGCCCAUUCGCAAGGAAGCAGUUAGUGCCAAGAAAACAAAAUGACAGAAUGACAAAGGGCAAUCUAAGGCAGAGUUGAAGGUUCCUGGUGGGUCUUUGAGGAGAAAUCCCAUUCCUGGCUUGCAUUAUUCCUGUCUUGAAGUGUGUCCAUCGUGCACAGUUGCAUCAGCUUUUGAUAACAAUUUGGGCCAACUGCCACUUUCCAUGCAGUUUAUAUGCAUCAACCUAGGGCCAGUACAGUGAAGUGGAACAAGUCAGCAACCUGGGGUUUGAACACAUUUCUGUUUGACUUGAGCAGCAAUGGGUGCAUCCUGGGACUUGGCAACUUGGCUACAUUUGCUUUGGGAGGCCUUUUGGGGGGGGGGGGAGACCUGGGUGAAAGACCAGUGACUCGUGCGGAGGCUGCAUUGGCAGACCUGAUGCAGCACCCUUGUGGUGCCAGAAAUCACCAGCCUUAAUUCUUUCUCUUCUCCCAGUGUCUGCUUCUGAUGCACCAACCUAAGGGCUGUCCUAUUUUCAGUAAAGGCCACUUCUGCAAUGGUCAGUUCCUGGUGGGCUGUUAACUUUGCUCCGAAAGAUUAAGAGGGUAGAAGGAACACUGCAGGGAGCUUUGCUACUACUUGCUGUAAAAGAAAAUGGCUUCUCCUCUCCUCAUUCUGUGAUUUGAAAUGUAGAGUACUAUAGAAAGUUGCCCGUAUUACUUUUUUUUGCCCCUUAGGCUCACGAAUUCCUAACCUCUUUCUAAUGUGGAAGCUUUUACUAAAGAUUGUAUUUUAAUAAACAUCGCUUAAUGUCUGUAUGUACUGGUUAUUGGAAUAUACUUAUGUGGAUAAAGUGGUCACUUGAUCAUCUAGAA